AUGACAGAGGAGAAAGACAAUCUACAAACCAUCUAUCACAAAGCCAUUGAUGAGAUACAAAAACUUCAAACCAAGCUCAGGAACCUGACUGAAGAGAGGGACCAGUUACAGAGAGAGAGAGAUGGGCUCCAGUCAACCGUUUCUCAACUGGAAAAACACUUUAAAGAGGGAUGGAGGUACUUCAACUCCAGUCUGUACUACAUCUCUACUGACACAAAGACCUGGAAUGAGAGCAGACAGGACUGCAUAAAGAGAGGAGCAGAUCUGGUGAUCAUAAACAGCAGAGAGGAACAGAAAUUCACGAGUACAGAAGUUAAAAUCAGGGGCAGUAUUAAUGCAUGGAUUGGUCUGACUGAUCAUGUGACAGACGGGGUGUGGAAAUGGGUGGAUGGCACGGCACUGACCACUGGGUACUGGAGGGAAGGAGAGCCCAAUAAUUCUGGUCCUGUCCGUGAUGAAGACUGUGUUGGUAUUGACUCUGACUCAGAACCUCUGAGUAGCUGGAAUGACAUGGCAUGCUCUGAAGAGGGUUAUUGGAUGUGUGAAAAAAGAAUAUUUUACUGA